GGACGGCUGCGGAAAGGCUGCAAGUUUCAUCUUUCCCGGCCGGGCGGGAUCGCUCCUCCGCGGGUUUCCCCUCCCCGAAAGCGAUGCGGUUUGGCGGAGCCGGAGCUCCGCUUCCCCCUGCGGCCCCGCGGAACCGGCGCCCGGAGCGGACCGAGCCCGCUCGGAGCCAGGGAUCGCUGGCGUUGAGCCCUCCGGGGCAGCUCUCCGGCAUUGGUGUUGGGAUUUUUUGUUGUUGUUGUUGUUGUUAUUUCUUUUUUGUUUUCCUCCUCCCAGCACUCAUUUUCCUUAAACGCUCCGGAGCAGCGGGAGCGAGGCGCCCGGGGCGAUGCGCAUCCCCGCCGGGGACCCGGGCAGGGGACCGGCUUUCCCCAAAAACUGCCGGCCUGGGCGGCUUCUCCUGGAAGGGGGACUUGAUUUCCAGCCGGUUUCAUUACAGGGAGAGACGCUGUGGUUGGUGCGCUCCUCUCGGGAGCCGUCCAGGGAGCCGCAGCUCGCUCCGCAGCCCGGGCAGCGCCGGCGGCGGGGAAGUGCGGGGUGCGACACAGCCGGGGAGGCAGGAGCCGCCGCAAAACCCCCCAGGAGCCGUGGCUGCGGACGCCUCUCCCGCCGGCUCCUCGCAGGGAGGCACCGCCCGGGCCGCCCCAGGCUGUGUUGGCAGGCGGGCGGCGCGGCCCCUCGCCCGGCCCGGCUCUCCACCAUGCUGGACGGGCUGAAGAUGGAGGAGAGUUUGCAGAGCGCCCUGGACCCCGCGACCCCCUUCUCCUCCUUGCUGGGCAGAGCCGCGACCCCCAAGUCGGUGUGCGAAGGGUGUCAGCGAGUGAUUUUGGACCGGUUCUUGCUGCGCCUGAACGACAGCCUGUGGCACGAGCAGUGCGUCCAGUGCGCGUCCUGCAAGGAGCCCCUGCAGACCACCUGCUUCUACCGCGACAAGAAGCUCUACUGCAAGCUGGACUAUGAGAAGCUGUUUGCAGUGAAGUGUGCGGGCUGCCUGGAGGCCGUGGCGCCCAGCGAGCUGGUGAUGCGCGCCCAGAAGAGCGUCUACCACCUGCGCUGCUUCUGCUGCUGCGUCUGCGAGCGGCGCCUGCAGAAGGGCGACGAGUUCGUGCUCAAGGAGGGCCAGCUGCUCUGCAAGGGCGACUACGAGAAGGAGCGGGAGCUGCUGAGCUUGGUGAGCCCGGCUCUGUCGGAUUCCGGCAAAAGUGAUGAUGAGGACAGCAUCUGCAAGCUGGGCCAGGCCUCGGGGAAGGGCUCUGAGGACGGGAAGGAUCACAAACGGCCCAAGAGGCCACGCACCAUCCUGACCACGCAGCAGCGGAGGGCGUUCAAGGCAUCCUUCGAGGUCUCCUCCAAGCCCUGCAGGAAGGUGCGGGAGACGCUGGCGGCAGAGACGGGGCUGAGUGUGCGUGUGGUGCAGGUCUGGUUCCAGAACCAGCGAGCAAAGAUGAAGAAGCUCGCCAGGAGGCAGCAGCAGCAGCAGCAGGACCAGCAGAACACACAGCGCCUGAGCUCAGCCCAGACGAACGGCGGGGGCAGCACGGGGCUGGAGGGGAUGCUGAACCCUUACACGGCCCUGGCCCCGCCCCAGCAGCUGCUGGGCAUGGAGCAGAGUGUCUACGGCUCCGACCCCUUCCGGCAAGGGCUCACCCCGCCCCAGAUGCCCGGAGACCACAUGCACCCCUACGGUGCUGAGCCCCUCUUCCACGACCUGGACAGCGACGAUACCUCACUGAGCAACCUGGGGGACUGCUUCCUCGGCACAGCAGAUGCAGGGCCGCUUCAGGCACGAGUGGGAAACCCCAUCGACCACCUGUACUCCAUGCAGAACUCCUACUUCACCUCCUGAGCGCAGCCUGGAGGGUCGGGAGGGAGGGAGGGGAGCGGCGCUGCCGGGAUGCCGUCAAAUAAUGUUGUAGCUUGGGAUUCCCAAGGAGCGAGUUAAGUUAUGGGUUGCAUAGUUUCAUGUUUCUCUUAGGAGCCUAGGAUUAGGGACAGGAGUGGUUUUUGCAGCUGGCUGGUGGGUUUUCAAAUUUCAAACAGGGACACGGGUUUCUCUGUUCAGCACGGGGAGGGGGGGUUCUCCUGUAGGAGCAUCCCAGCGCUGCAUCCCAGCUCUGGAAAGAGCAAACUGCUGAUCUUCGUGGGGAAAGCCUGCAGCAUCAGCUGGGCUUUGAAUCUGAAAAGCUGACAGCGCUCUGGGGAAGGAAACACGAGGGGAAAAGGCUGCUGCAGGGUUUGGUUUUUUCCCAUCUGUUCCUCAGUCGGUUUGAGUGCCCGCUGCUUAAACGUAGGGACUUUAAAGAUAGAUGUUCCCAUGCGAGUAUAGAAAGCUAGAAACCCCUGACAUUGUCCCUGUCCCCGAGGAUGGGGCUGUGUGUGUGGAUGUGUGUGUGUGUGUGCGUGCAGAGCCGUGUGGCUGGGAGUGCUGCGCUGCACGGCCGCGCCUGCCAGAUUGUAUCAACAGAAAGAAGUUUAUUUCUAAGUCUAUCAGAAAUUUACUGUACAGCAAAAGUAACUUUAUUUUCAGUGUGAACCAUAUUUAAGGAAAUACUCAAUGCACUUAAGUUAUAAGAGGAAAUAAUUUUACUUUUUAUAAGCGUUAUGUUUAGGUUGCAAAAGCCCAGUGGCAGGGAAGGAGCAUCAGUUCAUUUCAGGCGAUAGGUUUGGGUUUUGGGGUUGGUUACUUUUGGUGUUCUCAGGUUGCCCCACUGGUUUUGAGGUGCAGUUGAAACACAGAGCAGGGCUGGGUCCAGAAAGCUGCUUUUUGCCAGCAGGUUGAUGGGGGCAGCGUGGUGGCCAGGUCCUGUCCCCACUGCUGGACGUGCCCAGGAGGUGGGUGUGGGGUGGGCGUGCUGGAGCUGGUGGACAUCCCACCCCAUCAGGGCUCAGCCAUGCUUCUCCACGUCACUUGUCCUUCCCCAGCAGGGCCUCCACCAGCAACCCCAUCCCAUAAUAUCCUCAAAUUUGGGUGCUAGGCCGGUGUGAGCUGGUGUGCUGGCACUGGGAAACGCUGCAGCCCAAGUCCCCACCCCUCAGGGGAAGCAGGGACAGCCCUGCCUGCUUUGGCUCCAUCCCUGCCAGCCCCGUGGGAAAACCUGGGGAAAGUUCUCCUUGGGGUCGAGCCUUCAGCUGGCCCUCACCUCAUCCCCACUCUCGUUUUCAUGCGUUGUGUCCUUUUGUGCUGCUGUUCACAAACGGUGGAAGAGACAGCCCCUAAAGCCGUGCGGGUGGCUGUGAGGCUGGAAACACUGGCUGGUGCCUGCUGUCCCUCUGACACUGAAUGUAGCAGGGUCUGGAGAUGGCUGUCCUGGUGGGAAAUCACGCACCGAGAUGAAAUCUGAAAGACAAAAAAAAAAAAAAAAAAUCUCUGUUAAAGAAAAAAAACCCAGCGUGGUGUUUUCUUUCUUGCGUGGUUGUGUCCUCUUGGCUGGGAGAGGGAAGGGUUGGAAGGUUGGAGUUGUCUCCAAAGGGCAGCAAGUCUUGGGUAGGGUGUAGUGAGAAGCUUUUGCUUAAUGGGUUAAUGUUAAAUUAAUGGGUUUUCAAUAUCAAAUAUUCACAGAAUCAUAGACCCCAUCACAGUGUGGGUUGGAAGGGGCUUCAAAGACCAUCCAGCUCCAGCCCCCUGCCAUGGGCAGGGACACCUUCCACUAUCCCAGGUUGCUCCAAGCUCUAUCCAACCUGGCCUUGAAGACUUCCAGGGCUGGGGCAUCCACAGCCUCUCUGGGCAUCCUGUGCUGGGGCCUCAUGAUAUUCUGUGGUCUGGGACUAAACUGGCCCUUGGAGAAUCCUGUGUGGCCAGCAGACAGAGGCUGGUGGGUCUGGAAGGUGAGACAGCUGUCCCUGGCUCCCACCCCAGGUGAGAGAGGGGCUGGCUGGAGAUCUUCACCAAACUCUCACCUGGACUAGCACUCCAUGAACCCCAGCCCUUCAUGGUAGGACCAUGAGCAACUCCAUGGUAGGACUGCCCUAAAGGUAUGGGUGGGUGUUUCCCAAGAGGAAUUGUUCUUCUCACAGCUCCCAGACACACAGAGGUUCCAUAAGUAUGCCAGCAAAUGGGGAUCCACAGCUCAUUUUCUGAGUUGUGCAAAACAAGGUGUGCUCCUUCCUGCCCAUCAUCAGUCCCUGCUCUGCAGCUCCUGUGUUAGAAAAUGUUUUCUAAGUCCAACCUGGAAAAAAAAAAAAUCUAAAGUGGUGUGACUGCAAGAAGAAAACUUGUCAUUUUUAUUUUCCAAGUUGUAAAAAGCAGCCCAAGAGCAGCCUGGAUUGCCUGGGUUGGUUUGGGGUUUUGCUCUGUUUCAAGACAGCAGCAGGGAAAAGGGUUGGACUUGUCUUGUGGUGGACAAGUUGGGGAAAUUAUGGCUUGAGGUUUCUCUUAACACCAGGCUUGGUGGAAUUGGAGAAAUACUUGGCUGGUGGCAGGAACUGCUGUGGCCCAUGAAACCAGCACAAUUUAUAGAAUCAGCUCUAGGCAAUGGCUGGGUUAACACCAACCAAGCUUACAAAUAAGUUCCCCUUAAUGGUUAUUAAAAGUGCCUCAAAAAGUC